UUAACACACAGGCGGUGAUUUGGUCGCGUUUCGGCCCUAAAUUAUAGGUAUACUUUGAUUUUAAGGUGGAUCGAUGGAAGGAAAGCUGAAAGUGUGCAUCGUAGGCGCCGAGGGCUGGGGCACGGCCAUUGCAGCCGCCGUGAGCAACAAUGUCUUGAAGGGAGACUUCGACAGCCGGGUGCACAUCUAUGUCAAUGAUGAAAUGAUUGACGACAAAGUCCUCUCGGAGGUCAUCAACAGUCACCACGAGAAUGUUAAGUAUUUGCCUGGGAUCAAGUUGUCCAAUAACCUGUUAGCGGCGAAUGAUCUUUUGGAAGCUGCCCAGAACGCAGAUAUCUUGAUUUUUUCAUCCGCACAGGAAAAUAUUAAAUCGUACUGCAAAAUCCUGGCCGGAAACAUAAAGGAGUCUGCCUUCGCCGUGUCGAUGAGCAAAGGCUUGAUGCGAGAGAGUGAUGGACAAAUCACGCUCGUGUCCCAGGAAAUCAGUGAGCGACUGGGCAUUCCAUGUUACUCUAUGAUGUCCACCCACAGUGCCAUGGAAAUGGCUCAGGAAGAGCAGUGCGAGGUGACCCUCGGCUGCAGCGAUGAAGGACAUGCCAGGUUGUUGACCGACGUCUUGCAAACCGAAAACUGCAGCGUGAUAUCCGUGGACGAUGUUGAUGGAGUGGAGCUGUGCGGAACGCUUACAGAUGUUGUUGCCUUGGGAGCGGGUUUCGUCGAUGGGCUGCGCCUAGGCGAGAACUCACAGGUGGCUGCCGUCCACCUGGUCAUUAAGGAGAUGAUGCGCUUCAUCGAAACGUUUUUCCCCUCUGCAGAAAUGUCAACUUUCUAUGACAAUUGCGGCGUGGCCAACACCGUGUCUGCAAGCUUUGUUAAUAAGAAUGCCACUUUUGCCAAGAGCUUCAUCACCUCGGGCAAAACGAUUGAGGAAAUAGAAGCAGGUCUUCCCAAUGGCCGCAAAAUAUUGGGACCUAUGGUGGUCGCUCAAGUGAACGCCUUGUUGGAAAAGGAGAUAAUGCAGGCUGAAUUUCCCCUUUUCACGGCUAUCCAUCUGAUUUGCCAGAGCGAAGCUUCCCCGGAACUAAUGCUUGAGGCUUUAAGAAAUCACCCAGACCUGAGCGAUGCCUCUAUCUCGAAUUUAUUGGCCCAUGAGUCAGCACAGGGCGAGCGGAAUGUGGACAAAGUACUGGAUCCAGUGGCUGAUACCUUGCCAAAACUGAGGAACGCUCUGGACAGGGUUUUGUCCGAGGCGGGCAACGAGAGUUUUAAGCACUUGAAGGUAACGGAAGAUUGGACAGAAGUGAAUGACUAUGACGUCGAGGGGGCGGGUCAGCGACAGGCGGAUGCUCUUGGUUCUCCCCAUGAAACGGAGGAAAUGCCCAGGCGGCUAAGUGUGCAAGCCGCCCAGAUUCAGGACGACAUACGGGAUGGGAAGGUGCAGGUGGCCUUUAAGAUGGACAUUGACGAAGGUGAUCGACAUUUGCGGCUCUUGUUGGAGGAGGAUAGAGAAACUUUUGCCGAUAAAAUUCAGUCAGGAAUAUCGUCCAGAUUGGUUGCUGGCCGGGAGGAUGACAGCGGAUGGAGUCGGCGGGACUCCUUCACAGCUUCUGAACUUAGGACCGGAAAAGGUGGUCAGACUGGCAUCAGCUCGAACGACUCGCUAGAUGUUUUGGACUUGAGUUCCGAGUCCGAGCCACUGAGAUCGGAAAUGAAACCAAUUUCGGAUGAAGAGAAACAAAAUGCUUUCAAAUUUUCAGGUAUAACUUCACUAAAAUCGAAAAUUGAGGACCAAGAGGAUCUUAACUUAAAAGCUCAGGAGAAUCUCAUAAGAUCCAUUAGGCAGACUAUUCAAGCACUAGGUGAUAAAGAUAAAAUGGAUAAUCUUAUAGCUGAAAGCCAAAUGGAGAACGAAGUUUUCGAACUGAAAAGCCUAACACAGGAUGACGAUUUACAACCUAAAAGCGAAAUGGAGAGGGAAACUUUCCAACUGAAAAGUGAAUUGGAAAAGGAUGGUUUUGAACUUCAAAAUCACUUAGAGCAGGAAACUUCGUUUGUGAAGAAGGAAUUGGAAGAAGAACUUUACCAUCUGAAAAGUCAAAUUGAGGAGAGUGGUCUUGAACAAAAAAGUAUGUUAGAAGCGGAAGAUUUUCAAUUAAAAAACCAAAUAGAUGAAGAAACUUCGGAGAUGAAAACACCCAUGGAGGAGGAAUUAUUCAAAAUUAAAAAAAAAAUGGAGAAGGGCAUUUCUCAACUGGAAAACCAAGCAGAGCAUUCUUCUUUUGUUGGACACCAUGCUGAAGACGAAGAACCUCUACAGGAAUUAAAGGCCGAAAAGGAAGACCAUAUAGGAUCCGAAACUGAGAAUCUCGAAGCGCUUAUGUUUAAGGAUUACGAGGAGCAUUCGGCGGCCGAUAAACAGAUUGAAAUGCUUAUCGAGCACGAGAAUGAUUUUGACCUCGACGGGGAGCCAGCUUUAACGAAACUCCAGGACGAGAAUGCCGAUCUGGAUGAGGAACCUGUUAUCGGUAAAAAGGAUCGUACCUACACAAAGGAGAAUAUAGAGCUUCAGGAACUGCUCGAGUGGAACCACAAGCCCUCCUUUUCAGCCGAACUGGAAGAAUCCACGGCCUGGGAAGACGACGCGAGGCUUCCGGUGGAACACGAGGACAGGCUGCGGGAUGUCGACAUCCAUCAGGAAGCGGAACCCCUCCAAGUUCGGGCUGAGAAGAAGGAGAAGAUGGCGAAGAAUUUUGGUGAGCAAGAGCCUUAUAAAAGCCUGGACGAGGACAAGUUGCGUUACUAUGGCGAAAACAAAGGUGAGGGGACGGGCAACCACGAGUGGGAUUGGCUGAUGAACAACGAAAAUAUCGGCAUGGACACCGUUGAAGGCCAGCGCGAACUUCCCGCGAGCGAAAGAAACGAAAUACUCAGCAAAAGUGACAAAGAGAAGCUGGAAAAUCUCGACCAUCAACUGAAAGAAGCUUUGCAUCACGACUUGGAGAUGGAGAUGUUGUCUGCUAGUCGUGGUGAUGAAUCCAAAGAAGGCCUUUCUCAGGAGGAAUUGGAUACCGAAGCUGCCAAGAAGCUUACGGAGCAACCCCAUAAUCCCACGCCCUCUCAAAUUCCAGCACUUCCUGCGCAGCUGCCACUGCCCAGAAAACAGUCCCACACUCGCGAGGGCACUCCCCAGUUUCAGAAUCAGCCCCGCUCGGAUCCUCCGCCCUCGCCGCAGACAAAGCCACCCCCUCCCAAUGAGCACCAGAACCAACGCACCAAGUUGGAGCCCAUGGCUGAUUUUGAGCAGCCAGAGGCCUCGGCUUCGGACCGGGAGCCGCCAGCAAAGUCAGUGGGUAAAAAAGUAUCUAAAAUUGAACCUCUGGCCAAAGAUGUGUCAACUGCCGAGCCAACUGAGCAGCUGAAGACCAAAAAGGAAUCUCCGUCAGCUAAGCAGAGCACGCCGGCGGCCGUAUCUGCAGAAAACCGACAGACCUCGCUAAAAUCCGCCCAGUAUAUUGAUCCGGUGGCCAAGAAGGCGUCGGAGACUGAGCCGCCAGUCAAGCCGGUGGCCAAAUCGGGAAAACAGCAGGCUGGCUCCAGCAAGCCACCUGGUGAUGCAGCACCUGCAGAUAGCCAACAGAGCUCGCGAAAGACCUCGAAACAUCGGCAAAAUAACGAGAAUCGAAAGAGCCAGCUGGAGAAAGAGAUCCAGAAGGUCGGCCUUAUGCGCAAGGGCCAGGACCGCCGAGUAACCUACAGUGGCCGCAAUCCCUUCAAGGUGGAACCGGAUCUGGGCUCUAAUUCUCCGAUGGACACGACCCUGGAGAGGGACAAAGCAGCGGAGACCCACGGCGUGGGACACCAGCGUCGUAAGGUGGUGGUCACGCCGCCGUUCCAUCCUCCGAUCAAUCCCCGAAUGCGAAUACCACGACCGCCCUUCGAUGGUCGGGAUCACGAGUUCCACACGAUGACCGUCAGGCCGACAAGCGAACACAUCGCUCCGGCGGUAAAGUGGCCGCCCAUGCCCACGAACCUGAAGCGGAAUCACACCUCCCUGGUGGCCUCCAUCCAGGCGAAGCACUUCUCCGCUCUGCAAAGUCAAGUGCCACCCGUGCCUCAGUCGUUUUUGAAGAUGCCCUCCGGUGUGCCCCGAACGCCAACCUUCACCAAGAUCCUCUGCGCCCUGCAGUUGGGGAUGCUGGCGUCCUACCUGGCUCGCUUCAAAAAGGACUAAUUCAAAGGACUAAGCUCUAUGAGCGGGAAAACUACCACAAUGUAGUGUACCCAAGUCGUUUUGGUUCCCCUGAUGAAAGCAGCAGCUGCUCAAUUGAAUAUGGAAUACUUUAAUUUUAACAAUAAUAAAGACUGUUAAGUUCAAA